AUGUCGUCGCCGGCCUGUUCGUUCUUAUCGGCGUUUCGCCUCCCAGGCUCCGCCAGCGCUGCGGGAGAUUUUUCAGAUGGGUCCCUGGCCUCUACAAACGUAGAGGAGGGGAUGUUGUCACCUUGUAUCCCGUCUGAGCUAUGCGCUGCGCCGGGCAAGCAGAGUUGCGUGCCUUCCGCCAAGGGGUCGUCCGGCAUCUGCAAUGCCAGCGCUCCGCAGGGGGCGGCGCGGCCUGCUCCCGUUGCGGAGGGAAGCGCCGCAGCCGGCAACCCGAGCGGGUCCGGCGCGGGUCCGACGGUGGUCAGGAGGAAGCAGCUGUCUGGCGCACAAAAGCGGAAGAGGAAACGCGAAUUGCUGGCGAAGAACCGCGUGGAGCCUGCGUCGCUUUUCUCCUUUCUCUCCACGACCGUCACGUCACAAGCGAUAUACGAGGACUGGCAAGACCUCAACCGCGCGAUCAGAGAGGAGUCGGCGCGGUAUGAAGCGCGGACCGUGUUGGCGUCCGCCUCGCUUCUGCCAAGUCCGGCGGGGGGCAGCGGUGGGUGCUGCCCCUGCUGCACGCGGGCGGCGGCGCCCGCGGCGGUGGCGGGCAGCCACGACGAGGACGGAGGAGACAGGGCGAAGCGAACGCGCGUGGGGGAGCGAGGAGAGGCUCCGGAGCGCGAGCUGCAGGACGGCAAAAGGGUAUGCUGCUGCCGACACGGUGACGACGGCGAGAAGGGCCGCUCGUUUCACACAGAGAGAGGUCACGUGCCUUGCGCCGCGUGGGGGAGCAGCAGCGGCAGCAGCACGCGCAGCUGCUGCACGAGUAGCCGGGAGUCGGGGCGGGAAGACGAAGAAGAUUUCGAAGAGGACGAAGGGCAUCACCACACACACCCCUCCGCGGCGCACGCCUGCACUGCCGUCACGUCUGCUUGUCCACUCUCUCCUUGCUCCCGCGCGCUUCACCCGCCGUGGAGUCUGGGCGAUUCGAGCGGCAGCCGGAGGAGCACGAGCGGCAGCACCAACACGUGCGACGAGGCGUCCUGCGAAGUCUCCGAGCCCAAGACAGAGAAGGGCGACCAUCCCGGCUGGAAUCGGCGCGAGAGCACGACCACAGCGAACGGCGAGGUCGAGGAGGGGCAUGCCGCGAGCCACUUGCUCAGCGUCGUGGGCGCGGACCUUGAGGCUGAAGCAUUGCUGCCGUGUGGAAAGGGCUUCCGGGCCGCAGGAGAAAGCUGUUUGGCGCCGCAUGGAUCUCCUCUGCUGGCCUCGUGUGCAGCAACCAGCGCCUCGUCCCCGGCACACCACAGUUCCCUGAGUCGCUACCGGUCCGUCGACAGCGACGUGCCUGCGUGCAGUGCGGGGGAGCGAGGGAACUGCAGCCCACGGCACUGCAGCUGCCGGUCGAGCCUGAAAGAGGGGGGCGGCGGAGGAGGCUGUUGCUCGCCGCACUCGUUCCUGCUGUCCCCGGUGUCGGACGACGCGUCCAGCGUGACUUCGAUGGCGCCGACGUCGCCUCAGCGCGUCUCGCGGCAGCUCACAGCUUCGCUCUGCGCGGUGUCGCCUCACUCUUCGCCACGGCUCGUCUCGCGCUGCGUGUGCGCGCACGCCGCGAAGGACGAGAUCCCCCUCUCCGCUCAGCACGAGUUGGCCUCGCCUGUGUCUUCGUCGCCCAAGUCUGUCGCGGCUCCGUCGCCGUCGUGCACGGAGGAAGAGGACGAGUUCGCGGAUCUCGCCCUAUGGCCUGCGCAGAUCAGUGAAGAACUACGGUGGCGGCUGGUGAAGAGAGGCCCGGUUCAGCUCGUGCAUUACCCGUACCCGCGCGACAACACGCAGAGACGCUUCGGCCGGCAGCACUACUGGCGGACGCUGCCCUCUGGGGAAAAGCUGUGGCGGAGUUGGCUGGUGUAUUCCCGCACUCGCGAUGCGGUGUACUGUUUCUGUUGCAAGUUGUUUUCUCAGUUGUCCAAGAGCGUGGUCACCACGGGCUUCCGCAGAUGGAAAGGCAUUGCCGAGGUGCUGCGGAGCCACGAGCAGUCGAGGGACCACCGCAGCUGCAUGCUUCAGUGGAAGUGCCUCUGUCUGCGCCUGCACGCGGACGUCUCUCUUGGUGACCUCAAGCAGCUCUGUGUGACGACGCCGCCAGUGAAUGCAGUGGGCAAGCUCCUGAAGGGCGACGAGGAGGAGGAAGGCGACGGAGAGAGCAGCAGAGAACCGUUUACCGUCAAACACGGAAGGGACGAAGACGAUCUCCGGUGCAGAAGCGAGAGACGAGACGUCGACCUGUGGAGAAAGGACGAGGAUAGGAAAGUGAAGUGA